CGCUAUGAUACGGCAGUGUAUGUUUUCUAAUGGCUGCCCAUGCUUAUACUCUUGUCUGACUUAUGGCGCCAAGAUUCCCAUGGUCUCGCUGUCAUUUUCCGAAUGAGAUAGCCCAUAGUAAUGAUCGUUCUCCAACUGUGCGGUGCUGGCCAUAUACAACCAUGGUGAGGGCUGGCGAGUGGUCACUGGGCGGGGCUAAUCUUCGGACAUUAACCUUAUGUGCGACAAUACGCACGGAUGCUCGCGCCGGUUAAGAGAGGCACGAGUCAUUCAGUCUACUCGAGGCUCCAGAGGACACGUCUCCAGGAGCAUAUCCAGCCCAAACACCGUAACACACUCAAGGGAAGCCGGAUCCUGGUUGACUACAAAAGAUCAUCACAACCUGCUCGAUAAUUGAAAUUCGUCGCUGGGGAUGUUUUAUCACAUGCAGUACGUUCGAAGGUAUUUAAGGUGACUCAACACAGGCUCCAAAAGCACUUCAGCGGUGCAUCAUGAGUCUAUUAAAGAUUCCCUUCAUCAUAGCUCCGGCUAUUGGCGUCCAUAUUUCGUUCAGUUCUUCUUCUCCACCGCCUUCACCCGAAGAGAAGGUGGAGUCCCCCACGCUCGAAAUCAUCAUUAUACGGUUUCAGAGUCUUUGGGGUAAUAAUACAAAGAAGAUCUGCACAUGGGCAGCAUCAUCUGCUGAAGUUGUCAACAUCCUUGUCAUGCAUGUAGAUCCCUCGCAGAUUCCAGAGGGCAUCUAUGGCGCCAGAGCUCUGCAGCUUUUGCGCGUUCUUCACCCCACGCCAAUCACUCCCGCUUUCCUUGCCGGCAGUCUUGCUGUCACGAUUGGCGGCGUGUUCAGGCUUUAUUGUGUGUCAACCUUAGGGAAAUAUUGGAGCUGGCCGCUCAGCAUCAGACGAGACCACAGACUUGUGACGAGCGGGCCAUAUUCUCUCGUUCGGCACCCAAGCUAUACCGGUUUCCUUCUCCAAUAUAUUGGGCUCAUUGUCAUGUAUGGAGAGCAAGGAUCGUGGUUGAGGCAGUCUGGGAUUUUACAAGUACCUUUAGUAAACGUGCUAGUAGCAUUUGGCUUCAUCGGGUUUACAGUAUGUGCUUGGAUGGCUAUCAGCCGACCUCCAGUGGAGGACAAGAUGCUCCAGCGUGCACUGGGAAAAGACUGGGAGAAUUGGGCGAAGAGGGUGAAGUACCGAUUGCUCCCUGGGGUUUAUUGAUCAUAUGCAUACUGAGCGCUCCGCUUGUUUGUUUGUUUGCUGUACGAGAUUGGUAUCCUGGGUCUGUUGUACAUAUAAUAUAAACCAUGAAAAAG